UUCAAAUUUUGGUGGGUUUGGAAAGUAUCUUUGUUUGGCCAAUAUAUCCUAUAAUCCAUAUGUUAACUCUAGCCAUUGGGGAUAUAUACAUCCCAGACCGUGCGUUGAACUUACCUCCAAAGUUCUGUAAGUUACUCUGUCCUAAUCCCGGAACAUAUCCAUCAAAUAACAAGAUUUCUAAAGUGAUUUGUUUAGGGAACAUAACACAAUCUCAUGAAACAUUGGAGUUCUUAUACAAUCUAUCUCCAUCACUCAAUCUUGUGAGAGGUGAAAUGGAUGAUCCUCAACUUCUUGCCCAGCAGUUGAGCCUGUUGUCUUCAGUGGAGACCCAAGUUCCAUUAUAUCAAACCACCACUCACGAUAAUCUCAAGAUUGGGUUCACUAAUGGCCACCAAGUGGUUCCUAAAAACGAUCCAUUAUCUUUACUCACAUUAGCGAGGGAAUUGGAUGUAGACAUUUUGAUUUGGGGAGGUACCCACAAGGUGGAAGCAUAUACUUUAGAUGGGAAAUUCUUUAUCAACCCAGGGAGCGCCACCGGCGCCCUUAGCUUUGAUUGGCCGGAACAAUACGAAGAUGAAGAUGAAGACGAAGAAGAAGAUGAAGAGGAAGAGGAAGAGGAAGAAACCGAGAGGGAUGAUGAACAAAAUGGAAAAUCCACCACCGAAGAAUUGUCAAAUUCAGAAAAUAAUAUUGAAUCUGGCUCAAAAGAUAAUAUAAAGGAUGGAAAUGAUGGAGCAGAAUUGAAGGAAGAUACUAAAAUAGAUGCGGAUGCUGAAAUACCAGCUAUACUUGAAGACCCAAUACCUUCGUUCUGUCUUUUGGAUACCAAAGAUUCAACAUGUACGUUAUAUAUCUAUACAUACUUAAACGGAGAGGUCAAGGUCGAUAAGGUCAGCUAUACUAAGGAAUAG